AUGACCACUCCAUCCGUUGAUUUGGACCCGUCUCGCACCAUUAAGGUUGCGGCAGUGCAAGCCGAGCCUUGCUGGUUUGAUGUUGAGGCCGCAGUCAAGAAAACGUGCGAUCUCAUCACCGAGGCUGGUAAAAAUGGUGCAGAACUCAUUGCCUUUCCUGAACUUUGGAUUCCGGGAUACCCUACCUUCAUCUUUGCGCACACCACAAAGGUCGUCAACGACUACAUGCUUCGCUACUAUCAAAACUGCGUGUCAGUGGGUUCAACCCACAUGGCAAGCAUUCGGAAAGCGGCUCGGGCUGCGGGAAUCAUGGUUGUGAUCGGAAUUGCGGAGCGCGACGGAGGCAGCCUCUACAUGGCUCAGACGUUCAUUGGACCCCAGGGCGAUGUCCUCUUGCAUCGCAGGAAGUUCAAGCCAACGGGCCCUGAGCGUAUCGUUUUUGGAGAUGCGUCUGGGGAUUGUGCCAAAAACGUUGUGCAAACUCCCAUCGGCCGCAUUGGUGGGCUUCAGUGUUUUGAACAUCUGCAGCCUCUUCUCAAGUACAACACUUACUUCCAGCGCGAGCAAAUUCACGUAGCUUCGUGGCCUUGCCUCUUCCCUCCUGUCGGAAACAUGCCCUUCUUCAACACCGUGGAAGCCUGCCGCAUGGCAACUCAUACGCUUGCCAUUGAGGGCGGAGUUUUCGUCCUCUUAGCGUCAAUGACUCAAUCCGAGAAGGGACUGAAGGCCAACGGUCUGGACAAUGGCGUUGCCCCAGGAGAGGAGCUACCGCAUACAGCUGUCAAGGGUGGUGGAUUCACGGUUAUCAUUGCACCUGAUGGACGAGCCCUAACGGAGCCGGUGCCGGCUGACUGGGAGGGCCUUGUGUACUGUGAUCUGGCUUUUAAUGAAAUCUACAGGGCAAAGCAGUGGGUGGAUCCAGUUGGUCACUAUUCCAGACCGGAUAUCUUUAGCUUGGUGGUGAGGAACGAUAUCAAGCCUCACGUUGUAGCUGAUAGCGUGGAUGAUGAGUAUUGCCAUGUUUCUCGUUUCCCACAGUUGGAGGAAGAGUAA